AGCCUCUUUAUCUGCUCAGGCCUGAAAUUCAGGAGAACUUGGAAAUCCGCAUGGCCGUAUUUCGAUCUGAGGUUAUCGUCACUCUCGCGUUAAACCCUCUCGCCACUAACUUUAGGAAACCUUACUUCUCCCCUUUGAAACCGCGCGCCGCUAUUCAGCAGCUAAAGCCUGCCUCCGGCGACGGCCACAAGGCCCAGAACUCGAAAUCUGCUGCCAUAUCCGACAGCCUAAAGCUGCUUGAAUGGGAUGCGGUGUGCGAUUUGGUCUCAUCCUUCGCCGGAACACAGCUCGGCAGGGAAACCGUCAAGGGGCAGCUUUGGUCCGUGGCGGAGUUGAGCUACGAGGAAACCAAGAUGCGCUUGGAGGAGACUUCAGCAGCAAUCGAGUUCAUUAAUUACUGUUCUGGCGGGAUGGAUUUUGCUGGUAUUGACGUUUUAUUGGUCAAAUCAGCCAUUGGUCAGGCCUCUAAAGGUUUCUCAAUUUCUGGAUUAGAAGCAAAAGCUGUUGCGUGCCUUAUUGAGUUUGCAGAGAACCUGCAAUCUACCUUUGAAGGUGCAGUGAAGGAGGAUGCAGAUUGGUAUAAUCGCUUUAUGCCUCUUGCAGAAGUGAUGAUGAAUGUUUCUAUCUGUCAUUCAUUGGUUGCAUCGGUGAAGAAAAUUAUUGAUGAAGAUGGUUAUGUCAAGGAUAGUGCGAGUUCUGAGUUGAAGAGGUAUCGGGAUCAGGUUCUUAUGGUUGAAAGGAAGUUAUAUCUACUGAUGGACAAGUUAGCAAGAAACAAUAGAAAUGAAUCUUCAUCUUUGGAAGUUUGUAAUGUUGACGGACGGUGGUGCAUAAAAUAUAUGUCUAAUAAACUUGAAAAUUUUGAUGGAUUAUUGCUAUCCAGCUCAGGUUCUGACUAUCUGGUUGAGCCCAUUGCUGCUGUGGAACUAAAUGACGAAUUACAGCAAGCACGAGCUCUAGCGGCAAAAGUUGAAGAAGAUGUGCUGUCGCAGUUAACUGAUAAGAUGCUGGCACAGCUUGGUAGCAUACAAAAUUUAUUGGACACGAUGAUACAACUAGAUGCCGUUGCAGCCCGAGCAAAGUAUAGCAUUGAAUAUGGUGCGACAUAUCCAAACAUUUUUUUGCCAUGUGAGAUGAUCAGAUCACUUACAGUUGAUGGUGAUUCCUGCCUUAAUGGUACAUCUAGCAAGUCUUCUUUUUUCCAUCAUCAAAGGGAGUGGAAGUUGUACUUGCAAAAAGCUUAUCAUCCUUUAUUACUCAAGCAGUAUCGCGAGAACUUAGAGAAUGCGAGGAAGGCUCUCGCUAAUGCUGCUUCUGAUCUUCGGAGGAAAAAAAUGCAAGGAAAAAGCAUGGCAACAGAUGAUAGUGAUUCUCAUUUUGACUCCAUGAAACUAAGUAUUUUGCAAAUGGAAAGACGUCCUCCCAUUCCUGUGGAUUUUUCUAUUUCUGCAAAAGCUACUGUUCUAGUUAUAACAGGACCAAAUACUGGAGGGAAAACUGUUAGCUUAAAGACCGUUGGUCUAGCUUCCUUGAUGUCAAAGGCUGGUCUCUAUGUUCUUGCAUCAGAGCCAGUAAAAUUACCCUGGUUUGAUGCAGUUUAUGCUGAUAUUGGGGACGAGCAGUCUUUGACCCAGUCUUUGUCUACAUUUUCUGGUCACUUGAAACAGAUCAGUGUAGGUGUUCUAUCAAUUAUGUAUUGCGUUGCUUGGAAUUUUACAUCAUUACCUUCUGCUUCAAAUCCAAAUAUAAUGGCUAUUCGUUCAAAUUCAACAAGUAAUUCCUUAGUACUGUUAGAUGAAGUUGGUGCAGGAACAAAUCCACUUGAAGGGGCAGCCUUGGGGAUGUCACUUCUUGAAUCUUUUGCUGAAAGCGGUUCUUUUCUGACAAUAGCUACCACUCAUCACGGUGAACUUAAAACACUGAAAUAUAGUAAUCAUGUUUUUGAGAAUGCUUGUGUUGAGUUCGAUGAAGAGAGCUUACAACCAACAUAUAGGAUACUGUGGGGAAUUCCAGGUCGUUCAAAUGCUAUAAAUAUCGCAGAAAAAUUAGGACUGCCCUAUCGUAUAUUAUCCACAGCUCGGAAAUUACAUGGAAAAACUAGUGCUGAAAUUAAUGAGAUUAUAAUUGAUAUGGAGAGUUCCAAACAAGAUUUUGAGCAGCAUCUGAAGGAUGCACAACAUUAUUUGAUGUCAUCAAGAAGGCUUCAUCAAGAUUUGUUGAUGGCAAGAGAAAGGGUCACCAAGCACAUUGAUACUCAGAGAAAAAGUAAAGCACACUCAAUCUCAGAGUUCGCUGUAAUGGCACGCUCAAUUCUUCAUACAAAACUACAGCAAUAUCGUCAAUCUGCACUCGCUCAAAGAACUUCGCAGAGCUCAACAGUAGACAAUAGUGAAUACAAAAAACAAAACCUCAAGUUGAUGGCAUCAUCUAACCGUUCUGUAGAUCAAACAAAAAGUUCAGUAAUCGGCAAAACUUCUCAUGAUAAGCUGGUCAGAAUCCCUGAGGUGGGGGAGACGAUUGUUGUGCCUUCAUUAGGUAAGGAAGCUGUGGUUUUGCAAGUGCUGGCUUCCAAAGGAGAGAUUAUUGUUCAAGCCAGGAACAUAAAGUUGAGGCUUAAAUUGAAGGACGUUGUUGCUUCAGAAUGAAAGAAGUAAAGUUGUCAAUCACUGUGUAACCCUCUUUUAAUAUCAAAGGAGGCGAUCGCAUCUUUAGCAGCUAAGAAGAUAGUUUCUACACGCAUUUGUAAGGAAUACUCGUAUGCUUUUGAAUGAGGAUUCAAUAUUUCAUGUAAAUCAAUUGCUUUGUUUUAACCAUUUGUGUUGUAGAACUGGGAAAAGAAUUCGUUCUUCAAUUUGCAUGUCAAUUAUCAAAUGCGAUAAUGUAUGCUAUGAGGAGGAUAAGAUGGUAAAAAACAUUUAUGUUAGAUCAUAUUAAAAAAUAUUUCAUACAUGUAUGUCA